CCGCUUUUUCUUACUCACUACAAUUUUAUCGCCACAACGAUCACUAACACCAACACGAUCAUGACCAUAGACCGACAAGACGCGUUGGAUUAUUUCCAGUAUCAUAUACAGCUCGUUUUCAAAGAUCUCAAGGAUCCUAUUGGUGUACCUAUUUUAGCCUCUACACCUAUUUUUGAAGAACUACUGGCUGCGUUUUUCAAUCCACAAGUUCUGGCUUCAUGGGAUGUCAAAUAUACCGCUAUCAAUCCGACACACCAAAGUACAGGAUUUAUUACAUUCUAUCGAUCACUUUCGACAUAUACGCUUCUCAAAUAUGCUAAACUCAACACUCUCUUCCUUGAACGACUCUUAUCUCACACCACAUCAUUACUACCACUUACAAAGUUAGCCAUUCAUCUUGGAUUUGACGAUGCCAGAUAUAAUGCCACUUACAAUUUCAGCGAUCGACUAGUCAUUCUAUUAGGGGUAUUACAUUUUAAAUCAGGACCAGCAGCGGUGGAUGACUUUUUACAUCCCUUAUUUACACAGCUGAUCAAGAAUCAAAAGAGUCAACAACGGAUGGAUUUAUUGACUGAUACUGUACAGUUUGAAAACAUGAUCAAAUUACGAGGAGGUCUAUUUGACGUUACUUAUCAACAAGAAUUAGGUAAAACUCCUGGAUGGGAAUGCAUUAUCAAGUACCAAUUGGCUCGAGGCGCACCUUUUGUUGUUCAUCGGCGAACAGACCAAAACAAGAAAAACGCAAAGAAACGUGCCAUCCAUGAUAUUUGUCAGUAUUACCAACGCAACGAAGAACGACUGAUGCAACAUUGCAGCAACAGUGAUUCAUCGCCUCACAAUUAUGAAAUGUUGAUAACAGGCCAUGAUAUCCAGGGACAACAGCAUCAGCACAACACGGAUGAUUUGUCAGUAACCCAAGUAAAUGGCAAAAGUCACGACGUAGAAGUUUUGGAUAUUCCAGUCAGUCAAGUUUAUCAAUAUGAUGAUAACAGCAUUCAGCAGGAACAACAGCAACAUCAACAAGAUCGUCAACCAACCAACCCAUAUGGAAAACGUGGACAUUACAACGCGGUACAUAUCUCUGAAGAAAUGAUGUUAGACAAUUCUUUAACCAACGGUGACAACGGUGAGAGUCCAAUGAGUAUUUUGGCGCAGGUGUUACUUCUCGAUUUUCCCAGUAUGACAUUAAGUGAACCUUCGACAACCACAAUGGGAACGGAUUCGUCACCUCAAUAUUUUCAGGCAUCAUCAUCACUGAAAUCAACUCACUCAACUUCAUUGAACAACAACGAUUCUUCUUUUACAAAUGGACUUGGUACUGGACAACAUCUAUCAUCAUCAUUAUUACAAGUACAAUCACCAUCAUCACCGACAACAACGUGGGCCAGUGCUCAGAUGGAAUUAACAGACGAUAAUCAAGAUCUGAUCCAAAACGGCAGGAACAAGAAACGAUGCUUUUCACUGGAUGGAGGAGAUAUCAAUAUGUGUGCAAUAAAGACAGAAUCGACUGGACAAACCUUGGAUGAUUGCUCGAUGACAACAGUAAUGAUAGCAUCAACAACUCAAGAUACUGGAGCAUUCCCUCUGCAUGACAAUGAUGAUGAACAGGCAUUACUCUCAAACGCACACAAAUUGAUAGCCAUGUUACCGGAAAAGGAAAGGACUCGACUAAAGAAAAAUAGUUACCAUUUAUUGGCGCAUCCGAACGACUCAAAAGGUGUACUAAAAAAUCUAUCCAGCAACUAUCCUCUUGGAUUAUACGAAGCCACGGUGAAUCAUACAGGACAAAACAAUAAUUCGGCUUCUUUUAGUGCGACUGUUCAGUUUGGGAUCAGUGGUGUCAAUCUGGUAAUCACUCGUUCAGGUUCAAAGAAAUCAGAUGCAGAAGGUUUGGCAGCUUGGGCCAUUUUUAGACUUUUGGAUAGGGCGUUGAUUUAAUAGUUAUUUAGUUAGUUAGUUUUAUUACACGUUAUAUUCUCCAUUAUCUUCUUUUAUAUUUGUGUAUUGUCGAUAACAAUGAUCAUCAUGAUAACUAAUAAAAAUUGACUCCUUACUACUCUACUGUUUACUUUUGUGUUGUUUUGUUUUUUUUUUAUGACUUUUAUGUUAUACCUCCUUCUUGAUGAUAUUUAUUCCUAAAAGAUUCAUGUCACUAAAGUGUUAAAAAUCUCUGGUUAAACUGAUGACAUUACUCACUAAAACAUCAAACAAUCAUUUUUAC